UUUGUGCUGCCAAGCAACUCUGACGCUAACGAAAAGAAGGGCUGCGUUUUUACAUGUUGUGUGGGAAACCCCGUCUAAUGAAAGGAAGCGUUUGUUCUGGUGGGGGGGCUUGCCAUCCGAAUCCUACCGGCUGUCCGUCUGAAAUAGGGAAUGAACGACGAGACAGCCUCGGACAGCUGGAACAGAAACUCCGGGUGCUCCAGUAUUGAGCAAAUGCUGGCAGUGAAUCCCGGAAAGACGCCGAUUAGUUUGCUGCAGGAAUAUGGAACGCGGAUAGGAAAGACCCCGGUAUACGACCUGCUGAAGGCCGAGGGACAGGCUCACCAGCCCAACUUCACGUUCCGCGUCUCUGUGGGAGAGAUCAGUUGCACGGGCCAAGGCCCCAGCAAGAAGGCGGCCAAGCACAAAGCGGCCGAGGCAGCACUGAAGAUGCUCAAGGGGAAUCUUGCAGGUCCCAUAGGUUUCGGUCUUGAAGGAGACUCAUUUGUCAGAAUUGAUGCCCCUGUGGAUGAAGAUAGCUCUCCAUGCGAGAUGAAGACUUUAGUCACUUCGCAGCAAUCAGAAUGUAACCCCGUUGGAGCUCUGCAGGAAUUGGUGGUGCAGAAGGGAUGGCGUCUACCAGAAUAUACAGUGACGCAAGAGUCCGGACCGGCGCAUCGCAAGGAAUUCACUAUGACCUGCAGAGUGGAGAAAUUUAUGGAAAUUGGAAGUGGUACAUCCAAGAAGCUGGCCAAGAGAAACGCAGCCGCCAAAAUGCUAGCGCGGAUACACGACGUCCCAGUAGACAUGAGGACCAACAACGAUGGCGAUGUAGAAGAUGACACAUUCAACAUGCACGCGGGGAGCAGGGCGGAGUCUAGCAAGAAUAAAAGCUACAGCUGCACUUGGGACACGCUGAGGAACUCAGCCGGUGAGAAGAUUCUGCAACUGCGCACUCACCCGUUGGGACUGCCCGACGACUCCGUCUUCUGCUCGUUGCUUGAGGAGCUGUCGAUUGAGCAGUCCUUUGAAGUCAGCUACCUCGACCUAGAAGAGCGAAGUCUGAGCGGCCGCUGCCAGUGUCUUGUGGAGCUGUCUACGCAACCAAUCACAGUAUGCCACGGCUUUGCCAUGAACGUUGAGGACGCUCGUGCCAACGCUGCCCACAAUGCACUUCAGUACCUCAAAAUCAUGGCCGGGGCGAAGUGAAGGUCAUGGAUGAGGACAACGCCAAAUACCUCUCAUUUUUACAGAAGAAGACAUCUUGGAAAAAGAUGCUUUUGUUCAUGUCUAAAUGCCACCGGUGAAUAUUUACAUCAUCCCAAAUGUCCAUUUUCUCUCACACAUUUCAUGACAAAAAAAAAUAUGGACAUAUUCAGCAACAAAUCCAUCGAGCAGCUAUAAAGGAUUGUGUCAUCAUGUUUAAGUCAAAAAGAUUACACACACUGGGACACUGCAGAAUUAUCUUUUUAGCAAUUUUAACACGAUAAAUUAGGAACAAGAUGAGAAAAGUGUUUGUUUUGUCCUGAUAAUGAUUUGUAUGACUAUCAGUUGUUAUUCAGCUAAUUUAAAAUUAGCACAUGGAACAGUGGCCACAUUAUGAACUUGACAAUUCUUGCCUUGUCAAGGAGAAUUGGGACAAUAAUGUGGAAUACUCCUAUUAGACCAAUUUGAACGCACGACUUGUUGCCAGUGCUGACAAAAAAAUUGAAUUCCCUCAAAUGAGAUACAUGUUGGAGAUUACUUUUUAAUAUGGUCUUCAACAAAUUAUAUUUCUCUUUUGUAUGUGUGUUUUUCUUUUUUUUGUUUUAAAUUUCUCCAGCGUUCUGUGUGCUGCUGCACUUGUGUAGAAAAAUCGUAUUAAAGUGUUGCUUUUUUGAAAUGUACAUAA